CAUCAAACGCCAACAUGGGUAUUUCUCGCGACUCGCGUCACAAGCGCUCGGCCACCGGUGCGAAGCGCGCCUUCUACCGCAAGAAGAGAGCGUUCGACAAGGGUCGCCAGCCCUCCAACACCCGUCUUGGUAACAAGAGAAUCCACCUUGUCCGUACCCGUGGUGGUAACCAGAAGUUCCGUGCCCUCCGUCUCGAGUCCGGCAACUUCUCGUGGGGAUCUGAGGGUCUUUCCCGCAAGACCCGUGUCAUUGGUGUCGUGUACCACCCUUCGAACAACGAACUGAUCCGUACCAACACCCUCACCAAGUCGGCCAUCGUCCAGAUUGACGCCGCCCCCUUCAGACAAUGGUACGAGGCUCACUACGGCCAGCCCAUCGGCCGGAGACGCCAGGCCAAGACUGAGACCACCGAGGAGGAGAAGAAGAGCAACAGUGUCCAGAAGAAGCAGGCUGCUCGCUUCACUGACCACGGCAAGGUCGAGCCCACCAUCGAGAGACAGUUCGAGUCCAGCCGUCUGUACGCCGUGGUUGCCUCGCGCCCCGGCCAGAGCGGUCGCUGUGACGGAUACAUCCUGGAGGGUGAUGAGCUUGCUUUCUACCAGCGUGCGAUCAGAAAGUAAAAAAGUGGAUAUGGAAAUGGUCGUUGUAAAAGGGUGGUUUCGGAGUUUCAGCAAUUUUUUCCAGAAAAUUUUAUGGUCUGGGCAUCCGUGUCUGUAGAGCUCUGAGCUGUCAAUUCAAUGGGAAUGAUCCUAGU